AUGGUGUGUUCCAACCCCUUCCCAUGACCCUUUCUGUUUCCGGAGGACAGCUUAGAGCCUACCAGCAUGGCUUGAAAGUAUUGAUACAAACAGAUUUUGGCCUCAUUGUGGGUUAUGACUUGAUUUACCACAUGAUAGUCACUGUCCCGGGCAUAUACCGAGGUGAAAUGCAAGGCCUAUGUGGGAACUACAAUGGAGUGAAGAAUGAUGAGUUUCUACUCCCUGACAGCAGGACAACCUCUGACGUAGCUACAUUUGGGGCUGCCUGGAAGGUUCUGAUUCCUGGGAGAGAAACAUCCUGUUCGGAUGGAUGCACUGGGAGUAGCUGCCUGGUCUGCGAGGAGAGGAAGAAGGACAUGUUCAAGCAGCGCAACUACUGUGGGAUCCUCAAUGCAUCCGAUGGCCCCUUCAAAGCUUGCCACAGCCAAGUGGACCCCAGUGUGUACUUCAACACCUGUGUUUAUGAUGUGUGUCUGGCCAAUGGAGACGACUCCGCAUUGUGUCAGAGCAUCCAGAGCUAUGUGUCUGCCUGCCAAGGGUCCGGAGCUCCUGUCCAGCCUUGGAGAACUCCAUCCUUUUGCCCUCUCAGUUGUCCAGCCAACAGUCACUAUGAGGUUUGUGCAAAUCUCUGCUCCACCAGCUGUACCAAGAUUACUGACACCAGAGCAUGUCCAGAGGGCUGUGCAGAGGGCUGCCAGUGUAACAACGGCUACUUUUUUGAUGGUCAUGGCUGUGUUCCUGUAGAAAGUUGUGGAUGCUUCAAGAAUGGACGCUAUUACAAGCCCAAUGAGCAGGUUCUUCUGAACAGAUGCCAGGAGCGCUGCCGCUGUCUCCCAGGCCAGGAAUUAACCUGUGAGGCUCACAGCUGUCCCACUGAUGAAACCUGUGAAAUCCAGAAUGGAGUCAUGGCUUGCGUUGAGAAAGAUGACCCAGUUGCUUCAUGCAGCUUGAUCAAAUGUGGGAAGGAGGAGACGUGCGAGAUCAUAGAGACGCCCAGUAUGUGUGCCAAAAUCUGA